AUGAGUGAUGUUCAACUGGUAUUGGACCUUCAUGAUAUAUGUAAACAUUGCACUCUGCCAGUUUCUUUUCUUUUGUUCAUUUUACUUUUGUUUUGCCAGGUUGUAGGCCUGGGGGAGUCUGGGAGGGCUGCAGCAAGGCUUGCUCUUGUUAGAGGUGCUUCUGUUCUUGCCAUAGAUAAGAAUGAACAGUUGGUCCCAUUAGAAAACGAUCCUCUAUUUGCAGAAUAUGCUGAUUUGCAAACAAAUCUUGGUUAUUGUGAUGAUAUGCUUUUAGACAGCGCAGACAGGAUAGUGGUUUCUCCUGGAGUUCCUCUUGAGAAGUAUGGUCUUUCUAAUUGGCUGCACUCUGGAGGGCAAGUGAUGUCGGAGUUGGACUUUGCAGCAGAAGUAUUGCCUCAAAAUAUCAAAGUUUUGGCAGUGACUGGCACAAAUGGAAAAUCCACUGUGGCUUCUUUUGCUGGACAGAUGCUUCAUCAUUUGGGCAUUGAAACCUUUGUUGGAGGAAACCUUGGAAGGCCACUCUCAGAUGCUGCCAUUCAGUGCUUACAAUCAUCUUCGGGAAGGGACAUAUAUCAGGUAGCUGUGGUGGAGGUUAGCAGCUAUCAGAUGGAAGUUCCAAUUAAGUACUUUUCUCCUGCAGUUGCAGUGGUUUUAAACCUGACACCUGAUCAUCUAGAGAGGCACAAGACAAUGCAGAAUUAUGCUGCUCUGAAAUGCUGUUUGUUUUCUCAUAUGAAGCAUAGCAAACUUGCAGUCCUUCCAGUUGGAAAUCAUUACUUAAAUGAAGCUUUUAGCAGUCAUGCAAACAAGUGCAAUGUUGCUUGGAUAGGAGAUCAUCCGGGCAUCAAAAUGGAUAUUGAGACAAAGGGUGCAAUACUCAGCAUUCCCACAUCUGGGUCUGUCACGCAUCUUCAAUUGGGAUCUCUGAAGGCGAUGGGCACCCACAACUAUUGCAAUGCAGCAGUGGCUGCAUUUUCAGUUCUUGGAUUGGAUGUUGGAAUUGAUUCUGAUUCCAUCAAUUCCACUGUGGAAAUCCUAAGCCUCUUGCCUCAUAGGAUGCAAGUUGUUUUCAUGGAUGCUCGUGGAGUGACAUGGGUGGAUGACAGCAAAGCUACAAAUGUUGAAUCAACAUAUACAGGAUUAAUGGGUCUCAAAGAUCACAAGGCAGUCGUCCUUUUUGGUGGUCUUGCGAAGGUUUUAGGGAAUGAAGGAUCCAAUGGUUUCGAACAACUAGUUGAGCUUCUUAAUCAUCACAGAGGUGUCAUCACUUUUGGAUCUUCAGGUGUUAUGAUCCAAAAAACGUUGUGUGAUGGUGGGCUUAGUAUUCCUUGCAUUAGGGCUGUGAACCUCGAGGAAGCUGUGAAAUGCGCAAGAAGCAUGGCCAGAUAUGGAGAUACUAUUCUUUUGAGCCCAGGUUGUGCUAGCUUUGAUGAGUUCAGAAAUUUUGAACACCGAGGGAAAGUCUUCCAAGAAUUAGCGCUUUCAUCAUAGAUCAAGUGGAUUCUGAUUCCUAAUUUCCAUUGUAGGGGUAACAUAGCAGUCCCAAUGUGUGAUCUGCCGUGUGUUGUAGACAUUAGAAAUUGAUGAUGAAUCUUUAUCACGACUAUAAUAGGAUGAGAAAUUCAGGAUUUGGAGUUUCCAGCUUUUGAGUCCAUUCAGUGCCUCUGUUUCGAUUUUUCAUGCUAUAUUUUAUUAUGAUUAUUCAUGAAGCACUGAUUUAUUUUUGGAUGUAAU